GAGUAUAGUAUGACGCCAAGACAUGGUCAUGGUUGUGAUGUGUUCGAUGAACAAGGCAUUCGACAAGUAGCUGGUUGUUUACCUAUUGACCCUAUCAAUAAACGAUUUUUAUUAGUCUCUUCUUCAGGUAAUCCUGGAGCUUGGGUGAUUCCUAAAGGUGGUUGGGAAAAGGAUGAAACACAAAAACAAGCUGCAAUGAGAGAGACAUGGGAGGAAGCAGGUGUGAAAGGAGUUAUUACUAGACAUAUUGGUGUUUUUGCUGAAAAGACAAAGACAGGUGUAAAGGCGCAUCAUUGGAUUUAUGAAAUGGAAAUUAAAGAAGUAACUAAGAAUUUUCCAGAACAAAAGAAAAGAGAAAGACGUUGG